AUGACCGUCACGGACGGCGUUUUGAUCGUUGCUGCCUACCUUUUGGGCGGCAUUCCCACCGCGUACCUCGUUGCCCGCUUUGUUGCGGGAAUCGACAUUCGCAGCUACGGCUCCGGCAAUGUGGGAGCGUCCAACGCACUCGCGCAUCUGGGGGCGAAGGCAGGAGUUGCCAUAGGGCUGUUCGACCUCAUCGGCAAGGGGAUAUUGCCGGUAUUUCUGGCGCGCGCACUCGACGCCGGCCUUGGAGUGCAGGUGGCAGUAGGUCUUGCUGCCGUGGCAGGUCAUAACUGGUCGCCGUUUAUUCGCUUCACUGGCGGUCGCGGCGUGGGAACCGCAGGUGGCGUAAUGCUCGGGUUCGCCCUGUGGUAUGAAGCGCUGAUAGCGACGAUCCUGAUUGCUGGCAUAGGCCGAUUCGUGCUCAAAGACACCAGCUUGCUGACGCUCGUUGCGCUGAUUGCGCUGCCCAUUACCGCCAUAGCCGUCAGCGUCACGGGACUCGCAGGCAGACCGACGGAGGUUGUCUUGAUGUGCAUGCUCAUAGGCGUUCUGCUUGCCGCCAAGCGCUUGACAGCGAACUGGGAGAGGCUGUCCGUCGAGCAGUCUGUUCUUCAAACGCUAAUCUGUCGUAUCCUAUGGGACAGGGAUGUACCCAAACGGGAAGACUGGACAGAUCGGACCCCAACCGCAGAUAUUUCAGAGGCAUCAGAUUAA